CGUAAGCAGGGUGGCUUAUGUUAUUGACCAAUGUGGAAGUGUGUACUCGCGCAUCAAAAACAGCGCGUAAAAAGUGAAAUUUUAUUAGCAAGAAACUGAAGGGAACUGUACUGUAGCAGUAGCAGAGAGGAACAAAAAAAAAAAAAAAAAAGAAGAAGAAGAAGAAGAAAGGGAAUACUAAAAAUUAAAGGAAAAAGGGAUAAAAAGAAUAAGAAAAGAAGAGAAAUACUGGGUUGCCAUUUUCUUGUAAAAGAAGAUCCAGCGUUACUUCUCUGUUACAUAUUUAUAUAGGCAGCAGUAGCAGCAGGACCCUAACUUCCACUUCUUACACACUAGCAACUAUAACCUAUUACCUUUAUAAAGAGUUUGUUCUCUUCUCACCUCCAUUUUUGUGUAACACCAAAAUCACCCCUUCCAAAACAACACACAGAUACAGUAUACAUACUUGCAUCAUCCUAUAGUCUUUUUAUUAUAUAUAAAUAUAAUAUCUCAGAUAUUGUCUUCACAGUACGCAGAGAGAGAAAAGAAUGGGAAGAGGAAGAGUAGAGUUGAAGAGGAUAGAGAACAAAAUCAAUCGCCAAGUGACCUUCUCUAAAAGGAGGAAUGGAUUGUUGAAAAAAGCUUAUGAGCUGUCUGUGCUUUGUGAUGCUGAGGUUGCUCUUAUUAUCUUCUCCAGUCGUGGAAAGCUCUAUGAAUUUGGUAAUGCUGGAACAACCAAAACCCUUGAGCGGUAUCAACGUUGCUGUUUCACUCCUCAGGAUAACAGCAUUGAACGUGAAACACAGAACUGGUACCAAGAAGUGACGAAAUUAAAGGCAAAAUAUGAAUCUCUUCAACGCACUCAAAGGCAUUUGCUUGGGGAAGAUCUCGGGCCGCUAAGUGUGAAGGAACUGCAAAAUCUCGAGAAACAGCUGGAAGGAGCCCUUGCAUUAGCUAGGCAAAGAAAGACGCAGAUUAUGAUUGAGCAAAUGGAGGAUCUUCGCAAGAAGGAGCGCCACCUUGGAGACUUAAACAAGCAACUCAAAUUUAAGCUUGAAGCAGAAGGGCAAAAUCUCAAAGCCAUUCAAGACCUAUGGAAUUCUGGUGCAACAGAAGGAACAAGCAACUUCACUUUGCAUCCUUCUCAAUCCAACCCCAUGGAGUGUGACCCCGGACCAGUUCUACAAAUAGGGUACCAUCAUCACUAUGUUCAAGCUGAAGGAUCUUCUGUUGGAAGAAACAUGGGUAGUGAGACUAACUUCAUGCAAGGAUGGGUACUUUGAAGAAUUUAUCAAACCCCGAAUAUGAUAUGUAUGCUUUGAAAUGUCUAAUGGUUUUUGGAUUUGGCAUUUGUGAUAUUUCCAUGUCCUGAUGUGUAAGGCAAGAACAUACUUAUUAUUUUAUUAUCUGACAUUAAGACACUAAUUCUCAGA